AUGGCAGCCAAGGAGAGCCAUCUGACAGCCACACUCCUGACAUCCAUCGUGGCAGCGGUGCUCGGCUCCCUGCAGAUUGGCUACCACACCGGCAACGUCAAUGCUCCAGCCAAGAUCAUCGAAGAGUUUUUCAACCACACCUGGAGAGCAAGACACAACCAGUCGAUGCCAGAUCACAGCCUGACUCUCCUGUGGUCGCUCUCUGUCAGCAUUAAAGACUUUGGAGCCCUGCUGGGCUCGCUGGGAGUCAAAUACCUGGCAGAUUCUUACGGAAGACGUAACUCCAUCCUCAUAGUGAACUUUCUCUCUGUGGUGGGAGCAUGUUUGAUGUCCGCCUCCAAAGCCAGCAAGUCAUUUGAGGUCCUCAUCAUGGGACGGUUGGUGUUCGGCCUCUUCUGCGGCCUGGUGAUGAGUCUUAAUCCGCUCUACAUCCAGGAAGUGUCUCCCACAAACCUGAGAGGGGCCUUCGCUACACUCAAUCAGGUGUCCUUCGCCUUGGGCAUCCUGGUGGGAAUGGUGGCUGGUCUGGAGACAGCGUUGGGUACAGAGCAUCACUGGGCAAUGAUGCUGUCCCUGUCUCUUAUCCCGGCCCUGACACAGUACCUGGUCUUACCUUUCUGCCCUGAGAGCCCUCGCUACCUGCUCAUCAACCAGGGAGAGGAAAAGAAGGCAGAGACUGCCCUGCUGAGGCUGAGAGGCAGCGAAGACAAGGCGUUUCCUGAGCUGGAAGAGAUGAAGGAAGAGGCCGCCCGCACUCAGACCGGAGUCACCAUCCACGAGUUCUUCAAGAAGGGCCGCUACAAGCAACCAAUCAUCAUCGUCCUCAUCAUCAACUUGGGCAGCCAGCUGUCAGGAUUCAAUGCGAUCAUCAAUUAUUCCACCCGAAUGUUCCAGGCCAAGUUUGACCAGGCCAAAUACCUGACUCUGGGCGUGGGGGCUGUCAACGUGACCUUCACAUUGGUGGCAUUCUUCCUGAUGGAAAGGGCAGGAAGGAGGAAGUUGCUCCUGACUGGUUUCAUCUCCAUCGCAGUGUGCAACUUACUCAUGACCAUAGUCGAUUCUGUCCUGCACCUGGUCCCAGAGCUGCGGAGCCUGCAGGUUCUGCUGGUUUUCUGCCUGAUUUCAGCCUACGAGCUGGGUCCUGGCCCCAUCUCUUGGUUCAUCGCUGCUGAGCUGUUCGACCAGCCUGGCAGACCCAUCGCCAUGGCCUUCACCAGCAUGCUUAACUGGGGAGGGAAGUUUGUUCUGGCACUACUCUUUCCUCCAUUACUGAAAAUCUGCGGUGCGUAUGUCUACCUCCUCUUCAUGACUGUGGCUGUUAUUGCCUUCACCUUCACCUGGAUUCGCCUCCCGGAGACAAAAGGGCGCACGUUCGAUGACAUUGCAGAGGAGUUCAGAGGCUCGGAGGGAAUUCCUUUGCACAAUAAGGCCGGAUUCAAUACUUUCAACUGA